ACGGCCAUAGAAAACAGCGGGCUUGGUAUUUUGAGCAGUGGUAAAGUUUGACGGAAAAAAAUCGCCAUCUGAGCAACUUUCUUUGUUUUUUCUUUCUUUAUUAAAAUUAAUGUCUGAGUUUUAGGAACUAAGCUGUUAGAGCAAGACGUCCUUUGAACGACACCUGCGAACGUCAGAAGCACUCCACCUCCAGGCAGCGCCAGCGUUGACGCCGGGACGUCCCCGCCCAUCCCUCCGGGGGUUCCGGCAGCGGGGGCGACGCAGGUUUCCCGGAAGGGCGAGCGCGGUGGUCCGGGGGCGCUGCACUUGGCGGGCGGACUCCGACAUGCGUGUAGGAAGGUUCCAUGCUAUCGUACCUGGCCCAGCACUGCAGUGAUAUUUAGCGAAAGAAGUUUUCCUCUUUCACCUUUAAGGACCCUGGAGUUUACAUUGGACCCCCACGGUUAAUCCAGGAGGAUCUGCACAUUUCGAAGUCAGCUGGAAAUCAUGGAAGCUGCUAAAGACAACAAAAUCCAAAUUCUUCAGGAAUACUGGCUAUAUGAAGAAUUAAUGACAGAUGAACAAAAUGAGAGAUUAGUUGGUGAACUUGUAAAAGAAAAUAUUCAGCUAAAGGAGGAGAUCCAAAAGCUUGAAGCUGAGUUACAAGGGACCACCAGAGACUUCCAGAUUAAAGAGGAUAUUCCUGAAACAGAGAUAAAAUUUGCGUCAUUAGAGAAUCCAGAGAAUGACAGCCAAUUUUCAAAUAUCUCCUAUUCAUUUCAAGUAAGCUCUCAAGUUCCUUAUGAGCUGCAAAAAGGACAAGCACUUAUCACCUUUGAAAAGGAAGAAGUUGCACAGAAUGUGAUAAGAAUGAGGACACAUCAGGUGAAGAUAGAAGAUGUCAAGGUGGAGGUCCUGGCUAGCCCGGUUCCGUUACACUCAGGAGUCAGAUUCCAGGUUCAUGUGGAAGUUUCUAAAGUGAAGAUCAAUGUUACUGAAAUUCCUGAUGAAUUGCCUGAAGAUCAGAUGAGAGACAAGUUAGAACUGAGCUUUUGUAAGUCCCGGAGUGGAGGUGGAGAGGUGGAAUAUGUGGAUUAUGAUAAGCAGUCUGGAAGCGCUGUCAUCACGUUUGUGGAGACUGGAGUUGCUGACAGGAUUUUGAAAAAGAAAGUCUAUCCUCUUUAUAUAAACCGGAGCUGCCAUAGUGUCACCGUUUCUCCACAUAUUGAAACACACUUGAAAAAGUUUCAGGUAUUUUCAGCAACAUCUAAGAGAACAGUGCUCCUGACUGGAAUAGAAAACCUUCAUGUGGAUGAAGAAGUUGUAGAGGAUCUGAUCAGCAUUCAUUUUCAGCGGGAGAAGAAUGGAGGUGGAGAAGUAGACGUGGUCAAGUGCUCUCUGGGGUGCUCUCAGUUAGCAUAUUUUGAAUAGACAGAUGGCAUCAUAUGAAAACGAUAGCUUCUCAGUCAAAAUUGCUGCAGCUCUUCAGUAAAAAUGAAUAUCCUUUUCCCUAAAAAAUAAAAACGAAUUCUUCGGUGUCCAUUUAUUCCUAGACACAAAAUGUAUUUUCAUGAUUCUGAAUUCUUUGUUUCAAACCAUGCUGUGUACACAUGCAAUCUGUGCACUAUAUUAAAAACAGUUUUGUUCAUAAA